GGGCGGAGCGCAGCGCGGCCGCUGGUCCAGAGCGCGCGCCUCACGCCGUCGUCGCACUCGAUCGAACCUUUCUUGAUGUGCUGGUGUCUUCUACAGGCGACGAAUUGCCUCUCGAGACUGUCCCCCUUUUGCUGCUGCUGCUGCAUGUCAUGGCGUCGGGAGCAUGAGCUUGAUGCGAGGGCUCGGGCCAAGAAAUUCUCGUGCCUAGAUUCCGGAGGCGGAGUUACCAUCAUUUUUUUAAGGCACUAGUAUUAUACUAUUGAGGACAAUGGUGGAGUGCGCCAGGAGAGGAUAGAGAGAAAUUGGAUUUGAGUAGGAUUGAAUUGAAAGCCGGAGGACGACACAGGGAUCGAACGAAGGACGGAGAGGUGGGAGGAAUGGUAGGACCCAAUUCGGCUUAAAUGCGGGAGUAGGAGCAGCAGGAGGAGAAGGAGGGAGGGCAGAGGUGCAUGGCGCAUGGCGCAUGAUAGAGCAGCCGAGGUGCAGCAGCUUGGGAGAGAGUGUGCAAGCUUGGCAUGAAGCAGAACACUGUGCGGGGAUAAAUGGAGCAAGAAGGGGCUGUUUCAUAAUGGGAUUAAAAUGACGCGACAAGGUAACACUGUCUGGCACGGCGUCACUCGUAACAUAUUCUGCAUUUUCUGCUCCACGUUUAAGCAGAGUCAUGAGAUCGUGCGCGCCACACUUGGAUGAUGCCCACCCUUCUCCUCCUCCUGACUUGUGGAUCCUUCAGCUUUGAGAUCUGAAUCCGAAAAGUUCCUGAUCUCUCGCCCUCGGACAUAGUUUGUUCUGUUCUAUUGGCCACCCAGCCCGCACCACACCACACCAUACCAGUCAGUGAGUGAGAUCGAUUCAUCGAUCGGCCGGAGGUUUUUCUACUGAAUUUUGCGAUUGGUAGCGUUUAGCCAGAGGUUGAGAGAGGCAGUCGUAGAUAGACCCCUAGGACCCUGCCGUGGGCGUCAGCCGCAAGAAAUCGUUUGAUCCGAGUGCUCGGACACACAAUUGAGUUGAGUUGAUUAGAUCGGAAAGACAGAGAGAUUGAUUGAAUCUACUGACUGCCAGGAUGAAUGCUUCUAAUCAUACUUAGUCGGACCGACAGCAGAUGAGGGCAUUUCUCGGCGUUAAGAGAAGAAGCAUUUGUGUCUGUUUUAUCAACCCGUUCACGCACCAUAAUCUCGCUGCCUCGAAGAAGGCUUUUCAGCCUGAUUCUUCAGCACUCGACUGCAACACAAUCUUUCGUGUGAUGGAAGCAGGGAAGAAUGUGCCAGGCAGCAACGCUAAUUUCAGAAGGCCAUACAAUGCUGUGAAUAACAAAAAUGCUGGCCAGAAGCUUGUAUGGGCUCCGAAGGGCCAAAAGCCGGAGGUAGAAUCUAAAGCUGCCGUGAAGUCCUCUGAAGAUACCGAUGUCAAAGGGCCCGCCAAACUUGAAGAAGAGAUGAAAGUGGUGGAAAACAAAGCCUUUAAGGGUGGAAAGCUUUCAGCUCGUGCACAAGUGCGGGCAACUUUCUACCCGAAGUUUGAAAAUGAAAAAUCGGACCAAGAGGUGCGAAACAAGAUGAUUCAAGCAGUGACAUCUGGGAAGGGCAUAGUAGAGGUUUCAUUGAAACACUCAGGAUCUUUAUUUCUGUACUCCGGUGAUGAUAUCGGUGGAGCAUUUGCAAAGAACAGCUAUGGAAACCUAUAUACAGCAGUUGGUGUAUACGUUUUGGGCAGAACGAUGCAAGAGGCAUGGGGUGCUCAAGCUGCUGAAAAGCACAAGGAGUUCAAUGCGUACCUCCAAGAAAAUCAUUUAUGCAUUGCGAUGGAGCUCGUUACUGCUGUCCUAGGGGACCACGGACAGCGGCCUCUUCAAGACUACGUUGUUGUAACAGCAGUGACUGAUCUCAAAGCGCGGCCUCUGUUUUACUCUUCCCCGGAUGUCGUGGCUUUUUGCCAUAAGUGGCGUCUACCCACGAAUAAUAUCUGGUUGUUUUCAUCAAAGAAAUCGGUGUCGUCAUUUUUUUCUGCGUACGAUGCUCUCUGUGAGGAGGGCAUUGCCAGCACUGUAACCAAAGUAAUGGAUGAGAUAUCAGACUUGUCUGUUCCAGGGUCUAAGAGUCAUGGAGAGUUGCAAGGAGAAAUCCUUGAAGGCCUGGUGGCACGCAUUGUGGACCCCGCAAGCAUAACGAGCAUGGAGAAGACUUUACUCCAGCAUCCCGCUCCAGAAAAGAAUAAUGGAUCGGGCACCCUUGGACCUGGACUUCGUGAAAUUUUUUCUGCAAACAGGGAGAGCGAAGAGAAGCAAAUGAGAGCACUUCUUCAGAGCGUUGGCGAGAACAUGUGCUCAAAUAUGUCGGACUGGUUCGAGGAGAGAACUCUUGAUGUUCAAGGGCCGGAAACGUACUUAAUCGGCAGUUUUCUCCAGGCAACUCCUACAGAUAACACGACUUUGAAGCUACAGGAACUGUGUCGUGCAAUCCGCUCCCGGAAGUUGCCUGUUCGCUUCAGGUGUCGCUCAAACGCACGUCGUAAAACUGGGGUCUCAGACGUUCCGGAUUCAAAGGCGUUCAGAAUGACUAUCCAUGUGUUAUCUGAUUCAGCGUUUCGAAGAUAUCAGAGCGAGAUGAGGAAACAACCUGGUCUGUGGCCUCUGUAUCGAGGGUUCUUCGUCGAUAUUGAACUUUCAUUGGCGGCUUCAAGUGAUGCUUCUGUAGCAACAGUUGAAGAUGUCGCAGAGAAGGUGGCUGAUGCAUCUUUGGAAGAUUCACCUGUUCCACCCACGCCAUCCAAAGUCGGUGUUGAGCAAGUCUCAACGUUGGAUGAAACGGAGCACUUGAUGCUUAAACUGAAAUUUCUUCCAUAUAAGUUGCGCACAUUUCUCAUCCGUAAUGGUUUGGUACAUCUGCUGAACAAAGGGAUAUCUGAGUACAAAACUUACUACAUGAGGCAAAUGAAGAAUUGGGGUACAUCAGCCCAGAAACAGAAGGAACUUGUUCAAUUGCUGGACGAAUGGGCAGAGCAUGCUCAAACACACAUAAGAGAUAAGAAGCUUCACAACAGCUACUUGACUGUAGCCGAACCAUUCCUAGAGAAGUACGCGCAACGAAGUCCAAAGAACCGGAGGUUGGUUGGGGCAGCUGGCUCUGCAGUAAAUGUUGAGCAGUUUUUGGCUGAAAUGUCUGGGGAGAGAAGUGAAGAGGAAGAUGACGCUGCUCAUGCGGAGGACGAAACCCCGAGUACUUCUUCGGCAUCGGAUGCAACUUCUGCCAAGAAGGCUAAAGGAAUGCUGGUAUUCUUCCCUGGCAUUCCUGGAUGUGCAAAGUCAGGGCUCUGUGCAGAAAUACGUAAAGUGUCUGAACUGGGUCAUCAACAUCAUCUGAUGGGAGAUCUCACCAAAGGUAGGUUCUGGCAGAUACUAGCCGAACAGCGAAAGAAGAAGCCACAGGCUAUUACUUUGGCUGACAAAAAUGCACCCAAUGAGGAAGUUUGGAAACAGAUAGAGAAUAUUUGUGAGAGCACGCACGCAAUCGGAGUUCCAGUCGUUUGUGAUUCAAAAGGCACUGAAUCCAACCCUUACUCCCUGGAUGCCUUGGCGGUCUGUACGUACCGGGUUCUUCAGAGGACCGAACAUCCGGGCCACCUGGAUAAGAAUUCGCCCAAUCCCGGUGCUGUCAUGCUCAUGUUUUACAAUCUCUAUAAGGGCAAGGACCGGAAAGAGUUCGAAGACGAGUUACAACAGCGUUUUGGUCAUCUUAUAAAGAUGCCAUUUUUGAAGGCAGACAGAGAGCUCAUGCCAAAGGCCGUCCUGGAUGUUUUUGAACAAGGACUUGAUCUGCACAAAUUACACACCAUGAAGCAUGGAAGGCUGGAGAGCUUGAAGGGCACCUACAAGGAUGCUUGGGUAGCAUGGGAAACCUCGUUGAGGAAGACGUUGUUUGCCAAUUCGGAGUACUUCAAUUCCAUUCAGGUUCCUUUUCAAGAAGCAGUAAAAUCAGUGCUUGAUCAGCUAAAAGCCCUGAAUAAUGCAGGCUUGAUCAUGCAUGUUCCUAAAGCCUCUGAAGAACGAUCUUUCCGCACCUUCACUUUCGCUGCUGUUAAGUUGCCUCAGAAGGAAGUUUCGAAGGCGCUGGAAGCGAUUUCUGCACAAAGCCCUCAAGCUCAAACCUAUCUGAGCGGGAAAAGCUGGAGAGAAAAUUUGAGCAAGGCUCAUGUCACGCUCGCACACAAGCAGGCACAUGGAGUAGCAGCCCUUUCAGCCUAUGGAUCACUCCGUGCAUCUCCAGCUCCCGUCCAGUUUACAGCACUCGUCUUUACAGACAAAUUGUGUGCCCUAGAAGUACAGCUGAAUGCUGCUGGUGAAGAGCAGACCAUCAAGUCCCUAAACUCUUGGCCUCACGUGACGGUGUGGACUGGUCAAGGGAUGAAACCAAAAGAUGCAAAUGCACUGCCAGCCCUUGUUGAUAAAGGCCAAGCACAACGCAUUGUCUUCCCAAAUCCGAUAAGCAUCACGGGAACAGUAGACUUUUUAUGACCUUGCACUACUGCUGUGUGUAGCAGGGCUAAACCAACUGAAAGGUGGGUCAACACUGACUGACUCGACAAUAUAGGCUAGAACUGAGAGUUCCAUGUCUAAAGUAAGUUUGGGGUUCGAUUUUUCUCAAUUGACGUAAUGAAGCAGCGGCACCGACACAGUACAACCGCUUGUGUUGCUGGACGCAGCAGCAUUCCUCCACAUACAUGAAGCUGCAGUGUUUUGAAGUACUUACACAACAUUCACAGAAGUGAACACAUACAUCAAGGAUAGCGGGAAAGUGUUUGCAAGGCCGCACAAGACACCCGCUCAGCUUAUGAUGUAGAUGGCGAAGGUUUCGGGAGUACAAUGAGCAUCAGAAAUUAGGCAGAAUUAUUUUCCAAAUAAUGGCUGCUCUGUGACUGAACAAUGUUGAGGCUAGAAAGCUUUUAGAUAAGCUGAGUAGAUAUUACCAGCCAUUCUUUGAAUAACAAGUAACGACUCUCCAAUUCACAACCUAUGCUUUAAGAUGCGGUCCUCAUUCCCUGUUCAACUGUUGGUCUACUACUUGCUUGAAGUACAAUGAAGUAUCUCCUAUGAGUGCACU